UUUUCCUGCCCGGCCCCAUUCACCGUGUACUCGCCCAAUCGCUCCUUUUCAAAACCAGAGGCGCUGGAGAGGGAAGUUUGCCCUCUUUGCACAGUCCCCCGGUUGCUCGUGCUCGAACUAAUAGAAAAAGGCCAGCGAAAAAUGAAGAUCUCGUACGGCUGCAAGUUGCGGAUGCUCCGCCCGCGCCAGGAUGGAGGAUCAGCCGGAGCAUGCAAAGAUGCGACGGAUGUGCGGGCAGGAGGAGGAGCCGGAGCACGCAGCGGCACCUGGCCGCAGGAGUAAAAAAAGAGCGGGCGCGGGAGACCGGGAGCAGGGCCGGGAGAGGACCCGACGGCCGCCGACCAGCGUCCCAGAGGCAGCCUCGUCUGGGAGCAGGAGGCUCGAGAGGCCGGCCCCCCUCCAAUGACGACGAGGGGGAGGAAGAGAAGCGCGAGGAGGAGGAGCAGCGCACGUCGCGGGCCCGGGGCCUCCCGACGCUUCGGACGGGGCCCGGGCCCUCGGCGGGCAGGCGCGCGCGGGGGGUCUGCGAGCGCCCUGCGCGCGCGGGGGGGGCCGCGGGCCGCCGCCCCUCACUCGCUCUUGCGGCCGCCGGCGGGCAGGCUGGCGCGGAGGAUGCCGAGGACCCCACGCGCCCGGCCUGCAGGGACAUGCCGUACAGGAUCUGGU